UCAAGAUGCCAACUCUCUUGAUAAGGAUAAUGCUUGCCCUGCUCAUCAUAUCAGUAGCAACUCCUCAAGAAUCAGAGGCAGAGUUGGAACAAUGGUGUGUAGCUGAUGAGCAGACACCAGAUGAUGAGUUGCAGGCAGCGUUAGAUUGGGCGUGCUUGAAAGGAGGAGUAGACUGCAGCAAGAUCCAACAAAACCAGCCUUGUUUCCUGCCCAACACUGUAAGAGACCAUGCGGCUUUUGCCUUCAACAGCUAUUACCAACGUUAUAAGAACAAAGGAGGUUCAUGUUACUUCAAAGGUGCUGCAAUGAUCACUGAACUUGACCCAAGUCAUGAUUCUUGCCAAUUCGAGUAUACACCCUGAUUACACAGAGAAGACAGAAGAUGAGAUGAGUUGCUUUUUCUAAUGCUUUCUUCUGAGAUUCUGAUUCUGCUAUUUAAUGCUUUUUCUUUCCAAGAUUUGGAUCAGUAUCAUGUACUAGAAAAGUUCAGGAGAUGGGUUAUGAGAUUUAGAUCUAUUCACCACACCCGGAAAUUGUGUAGCCUCAUUGCAUUUCUGGUGCAAAAGAACAGAACCCGAUAAUGGAUACAAAUAUUCACUUA